CCGAUGGCCGCGUCCUGGCCGAGACCGAGGGGCUCUGCACCAACCAGUGGCUGGUGGGCACUGAUCUCUGCGUGGAACGGAUCCGGGAGAUGGUGGAGGAUGCGAAGCGCCGCGCGGGGAUGGACCCCACUGUGCCACUGCGCUCCCUGGGGCUGUCGCUGAGUGGGGCGGACCAGGAGGACGCGGUCACCGCGCUGCUGGCAGAGCUGCGCCGGCGCUGCCCGGAGCUGAGCCAGAGCUACUGCGUCAUCAGCGACGCCGCGGGGGCCAUGGCCACCGCCACUGACCGCGGUGGCAUCGUGCUGAUUGCGGGCACCGGCUCCAACUGCCAACUGGUCAACCCCGACGGCACGGAGAGCAGCUGCGGCGGCUGGGGGCACAUGCUGGGCGACGAGGGCUCGGCGUACUGGAUUGCACACCGGGCGGUGAAGACGGUGUUUGACAGCAUGGACAACCUGGAGGUGUCACCGCACGACGUCGGCUACGUCAAGCAAGCCAUGUUCCAGUACUUCCAGAUCUCCAACAGGUUGGGGCUCCUGCCGCACCUCUACCGCACCUUCCAGAAGGCCGAGUUCGCGGGGUUCUGCCAGAAGCUGGCGGAGG